ACCCCCACUCCCCCUCCACCCUGACUCCCUGACAACAGCUCCCCUUCCCGCUCGUCGGACAAACGCAGGACCGUUACCCGGGACUGGAAGGCGGAGGCCCGGCGGUCCGACCGCGGGUAGUCGCUGUUCGCCGUUCCCCCUUCUCCAACCAGCUCCAGGAGUAUUGUCGUCUUUCCCACCACCCCGGUACAAAGAAAACUUUGAAGAUGAAGUGACGAUUACUGUGGAGAAAGAUCACUUUAUGGAUGACUUCUUCCAGCAGGUUGAGGAGAUCCGAGGAUGUAUCGAUCACAUCUCUGACGACGUGGAAGAAGUGAAGAAGAAGCAUAGCAUCAUCCUAUCAGCGCCCAACCCUGAUGGCAAAACGAAAGAAGAACUGGAGGAGCUAACACUCUCGAUCAAGGCAACAGCGAACAAAGUUCGAAAUAAGCUAAAAGAUAUAGAGCAGAGCAUUAAAGAUGAAGAUGAAGAGAGCCAAGGCUCAGUCGAUUUAAGGAUACGGAAAACCCAGCACUCAACGCUGUCCCGAAAGUUUGCCAACGUCAUGACAGAGUACAAUGAGAUCCAGAUAUAUUUCAGAGACCGCAGCAAAGGAAGGAUUCAGCGUCAGCUGGAAAUCACUGGGAGGACAACCACAAACGAUGAGCUGGAAGAGAUGCUGGAGAGCGGUAACCCGUCUAUUUUCACAUCCGAUAUUAUAUCAGACACUCAGAUCACCCGGCAGGCACUGAACGAGAUUGAGUCACGGCACAAGGACAUCAUGAAGCUGGAAGCAAGUAUACGGGAGCUGCACGAUAUGUUCGUGGACAUGGCGAUGUUAGUCGAGCAACAGGGUGAAAUGGUCAACAACAUCGAGAGCCAUGUGGUGAACGCCGUGGAAUAUGUCGAGCGGGCAAAGGAAGAGACAAAGAAAGCGAUGCGAUACCAGGGCAAAGCCCGGCGGAAAAUGUUCCUCAUCAUAAUUUGUGUCGUCGUCCUGCUGGCAGUUAUUGCACUUAUCGUCGGAGUGACGGUGGGCACAUAGCGACCCUGCCCUGGGGCCGGCUCCAGCCCCGUUCUGCCCGUGCCACGCUGGCCCAGCCUCCUCAUGCUGCUGCGGUCCUGCUGAACUGAUGACACAACUAAACGCAUGGAGAGUUGCUUGUGAGGUGGUUAAAACCAAAGCCGUUACUGCCAUUAAUUGACUAGUCUGUACAAUACUCGAGCAUUUUUUAUAUAUAUCGUUUAAAUAUUUUUUUAAGUUAACAAUUUGGAGACUGUUUACAAGAUAAAUGUUCUGUUGAUUUUGCGGUGCUCAGCUUGCAGUUGCCACUUGAGGAAAGCCUGAACAACGUUGAGUUAGUUGGCACUCCACCCACACACACACACAGUGGCACGUCAGUUCCCUUCCCCACCCCAUGGGGAGAGCAAGAGAAAACACUCCAAGUGCACAUAUGCAUGUGAAAAACACUCCCACACUCCAGUAACCAGGGCUGUGUUCUCCCUCUCUCCCUCCCCUUCUCCCCUCCCUCCCUUACCUUCCCCUCUCUCCCUCCCUUACCCUCCCCUCUCUCCCUCCCUUACCCUCCCCUCUCUCCCUCCUCCCCCUCCCCUCUCUCCCUCCUCCCCUCCCCUCUCUCCCUCCUCCCCUCCCCUCUCUCCCUCCUCCCCUCCCCUCUCUCCCUCCUCCCCCUCCCCUCUCUCCCUCC